CUUCUCCGUUUGAUCAAUGCUGCACUCAAUGAUGAACUAUUCUUCAGCAUUGCAAAUCACACCCUCACAAUAGUUGACGUAGAUGCAAUUUAUGUUAAGCCAUUUGACACAGACACUAUCCUCAUUGCCCCUGGACAAACCAGUAAUGUUCUUCUAAAAACCAAAUCUGAUUACCCCAAUGCCACGUUCUUGAUGAGUGCAAGACCAUAUGCGACUGGCCAGGGAACUUUUGACAACUCAACAGUUGCUGGUAUCUUGGAAUAUGAAGUUCCACCACACUCUCUUCAUUCAAUAGAGAAGCUUUCACUCUUCAAGCCCAUCCUCCCAGCCCUUAAUGACACUUCUUUUGCAACAAACUUCUCUAACAAGCUUCGUAGCUUGGCAAGCUCUCAGUUUCCUACAAAUGUUCCACAGAAAGUGGAUAGACACUUUUUCUUCACAGUAGGCCUUGGCACAAGUCCCUGCCAACAAAACCAAACAUGUCAAGGACCCAAUGGAACAAAAUUUGCAGCAUCAGUGAAUAAUGUGUCUUUCACACUCCCAACAACUGCUCUUCUUCAAUCCCACUUCUUUGGCCAAUCCAAUGGAGUUUACUCUCCUUACUUUCCUAUUAGUCCUUUGAUUCCAUUCAACUAUACUGGCACUCCACCAAACAACACCAAUGUGAGCAAUGGAACAAAGGUUGUGGUUGUUCCCUUCAACACAAGUGUAGAGCUUGUGAUGCAGGACACCAACAUUCUUGGUGCUGAAAGUCACCCUCUCCAUUUGCAUGGCUUCAACUUCUUUGUUGUUGGUCAAGGUUUUGGUAACUUUGAUCCGAAUAAGGACCCUUCUAACUUCAAUCUUGUUGACCCAGUUGAGAGAAACACAGUGGGAGUCCCUUCUGGUGGAUGGGUUGCAAUUCGUUUCUUAGCUGAUAAUCCAGGGGUAUGGUUCAUGCAUUGCCAUCUUGAAGUGCACACAAGCUGGGGUCUAAAAAUGGCGUGGAUUGUCUUGGAUGGAAAACUUCCACACCAGAAACUGCUUCCACCACCUGCUGAUCUUCCAAAGUGUUAAACAUUCACUAUAGGAAUUGCGGCAUAACUUUCGGAAUAUGUUGUUUGUCUUGUGUUUUUAAUUUUAUUUUUAUUUUUUUUCCCAUUUUUUAUUCUCCUUCAAUUAAUGGCCCUUUUUGGCAUUCUUCGUGGGCU